AUGGAUAGCUUUAUUUAUACAAUUUUGAUGUUUAGGCAAUGUAUUAUGUUGGAAGACUUUUUCGAAUUGUUGAUGGCUCUUUGUGGACAAAAAUGCGCAAAACUUUUUUCUUCGCAUGAACAGCUUCUUGAAUUUGUAAAAGAAAGGUGUAAAACAAGAGUAAAAAUUGAGGAAAAGGGAAGUCGGGUAUUUUUGUCUUGGGCUGAACCUAAUGAUGUAUCGAAAAGACUGCAUGAUCAAUUAGUCAUAAUUGGAAAGCGAGUUUGCUCGGAAAGUGCACCCCAAAAAGGAUGA